CCACUUUUUUUUAUAUAUUUCUGUGGUGGUGCUGGUGCGCUGGUGUUUCAGAACCAAAGCACAGAGAGAGAAAGAGAGGCCUUCGAGUGCUGAGAUAAACACUGGGAUGAGGGUCCUGUAGCUCGAAACCCUAGGGAAAAAAACUUAUCUUCUUCUUCUAUCCUCCUCCUAUCUAUCCCUUUCCGUUAAUCUCCUCUCAUCUCAUUCAAUUUUCCCCAAUGGAUCCCUUCGAUUUGAUUCGCAAAGGCUUUGGGUGAAGCUUAAGGAAGCUUGACUUAUUCUAUCAUACUGAGUUUUUCUAUGCAUAUCUAGUGCUGGGUUUUUUUUUUUGGGGGGGGGGGGGGGGGGGGGGGGUUUUCCAUUUGAGUAAAUAAUGAGCUUGUUUAAGAAAGGAACCCAUAUUAAUGAUGCAAAGCUCAGCAGCCCAAGCAAGGCGACAACUUUGAAUCCAAAUGCAGCAGAAUUUAUUCCCUUUGCCCUCAGAUCUUCAUCAUCUGGAAACAAAAGCACAGCAGAUGCGACAUCAAGGCUUGCUACUCUUGGGACUUUGGGAAAAGCAGUGCUAGAUAGGUCAGAAUCAUCUGUCUCAAAUAAUUCUGAUGAAGAGGCCCACCAAUACUGGCGUUGUCAGCUCCCUGAUGAUAUUACCCCCGACUUUAAGGUCAUGGGACAAGAUGAUUCUCAAGGCAUUGGUAACCUCUCUUUGGCAGGUUUGUCCUUACAUGAUGAUAGUGAUGCGUCAAGGUUUCCUGUGUAUGAGCAGCAAGAAUUAUCUUCACAAAGCACUAAUGGUAAUAGCUUUGUUGGAAAGUCAAGAUUCUCUACUUCAUCCUAUGGGGCAGAUGCCUCUUCGGCUAGUUUUCUGCGUAUGUCGGCUGAGCCGUGGGACAGUCAAAUUGUAAACCAUAAUCAGCUUGUUUCCCAUGAUGCAGAGAUGCCUCCUUAUGACGGCAAUUCCAGACAUCGAUCCAUGAACGAUAUGUUGGUUGAGCAGGCAAUGGUGAAGGAUAAUGAUACGAACCCUGUUGAGUUCUUGGCUUCUCAUUUCCCUGGUUUCGCUGCUGAAAGCCUUGCAGAAGUUUACUUGGCUAAUGGAUGCGACUUGAACCAGACUAUAGAGAUGCUCACUCGAUUAGAGCUUCAAGUUGAUGGUGGUUUCAGUGAGAAUAUGAACGCAAAGACCUUGGACUUUCCCGCUCUUACUGUUCUGAAUAGUCUGAAUGGUCCACCAAAAUAUGCUGGAGAUGAUCUCCAACAAAGUGGUUAUCUUUUUCGAUCUGACAAGGACAGCAUGCUUUUGUUCAAAUCUGGAUCUUGCAUUCCAUCUCAGGGUGCUAUAGAUUUUGCUUCAGCUGUUAGGAAAUUGGCAUCUCAGGAUUCUGGUAUAUGGAAGUAUGACAGAAAUGGUUCCGCCGAUGACAGUAUUGGCUCAAGUAGAAGUUCACAUGUUUUGAAUAGUGCUUACAAUAGUGGAAAUGGGAGAAGCAUGUAUGGUGGCAAGUUGCAAAAUCGUGGUUCUACUCAAAUGGCUCCUGUUUGGCUUGAAACUGGAGAUGCAGUCGCGAAUAUGUAUUCUGAUCUGCGAGAGGAAGCUCGUGACCAUGCACGCCUGCGUAAUGCAUACUUUGAGCAGGCACGGUACAUUAUUGGCAAUAAGGCUUUAGCAAAGGAACUGAGUGCUAAAGGGCAGGUGCACAACAUGCAGAUGAAAGCAGCUCAUGGAGAAGCUCAUGAAUCUAUUUAUCGUCAGAGGAACCCAGUUCCUCCAGAGAUGCAGGGCAGUGGAAGAGGACAGGAGCGGAUGAUAGACUUGCAUGGGCUGCAUGUUAGUGAGGCAAUUCAUGUUUUGAAGCAUGAGCUGGGUGUGUUGAGGAGCACUGCUAGGGCAGCAGAGCAGCGCCUACAGGUUUAUAUUUGUGUUGGAACAGGUCAUCACGCCAGGGGUUCCCGCACUCCAGCUAGACUUCCUAUUGCCGUACAGCAAUAUUUGCUCGAAGAAGAGGGCCUUGAAUACACCGAGCCUCAGCCAGGGUUGCUUCGAGUUGUGAUAUAUUGAUCAGAGAUGAUAGUGAGGUAUAGGACUUUUUUGAUGCAGCAAAACCCGUCAAGUCAUAGUCAUCACAUUCAUUCUUGUAUCUGUAUAUGGGAGGAAAUGCAGAAAGAGUAGAGCAAGAUUCAAAAGAAACGAAAAAAUGAAAGAAAAAAGAAAAGGAAAAAUGAAGGAAAAAGGGUUAGAUUGAAAAAUGAAGCCAGUGUAUGAUUUAUUUUUAACCGGUUGACAGCGGCAUCACAUGUUGGCAGGCAUCAGGGAUUUCACAUCAGUGAUUAGCUGAUCUGUUGCAACAAUUUCUUUGUUGUACCUUAAAUUGUAUUUCUUUGUUACAUUACAUUUUCAAGUUCCCAGUUGUAACUGAUAGAAUUGAAUUAAAUCAUAGCACAAUUCACCUUUCACACA